CAACUCCCCAAGGCAGGAGGGGAGAAGCUCGCGUGUAAAUAAGGUAUAGCACCACCACGCUCCGAUCGGAUAUCGCAGGCGCCGGCCCGGUGCGCUAGCCAAAAGCUUCUUCCCAACCUGCCCUGCUUCUCGUUUUCUUGUUCUCGCUCAAACUUGCUCAAAGCUUCCACGCGGCGGGCGGCUUGACAACGCAGCUGCAUGCAACAACGGCACGCCACCACGCGCGCUCCGGAGCCUUUCGACCGCGCCCACGACGUCAACCACCACCAAAACUGUUGUCUUGGCCCUCCUUCUUCUGGGCUAUAUUAAACAUCGCCGUCGCGCCAUUAUUGCUGUUCCUUAGACUUCAUGUCGCCGCCGUCGCCAUGAACAACUACGCAAACUGGGGUGCGCUUCUCGUACCCCAACAACGGGGCCCAGCUAACAACAACGUCAACAACGUCAACAACAAUGGUAAUAACAAUGGCAAUAACAAUGCUGACGGGGAAGGAGAGGGUGAUUUCGUCAUGGACUUUGACCUUGCGUUCGACGAAGAGGGCGCCGAUGCUGCUGCUAGGCGUGCUCAGCAGCUGAACCACCGCGCCGCUACCGCUGCUGCAAUUGCGCCAGACAUGCUACUGCCGCCGCCGUUCGCACCUGAUGCCGAGGCGAACCGACACGGAGCUGCUCCUUCGCCGCCUCCGGUCGAGGAGCGUGGUCUUAUCGAUGAGCAACAUGACCACGAUAACCAAGAGGACAUCGGCCUUCACCCUGACCCCCGCUAUCCAGUCUUUCAGCACGUCGUCGACGCCGAUGAUAAUGACGAAGAAGAAGAAGAAGAAGAAGAAGACGGUCUUCCGCAGGAGGGCCCACCACCUGCUCCGCCUCGCCCCGGUAGACCUGAUGCCGAACCAGCUCAGUUAAUGCCGCCGCUUCACCUACCUCACCGCGCGCACAUCGACGCUCUCAGGGCCGAAAUGAUAGAUAUCCGUGGCGAGAUUCACGACCUGCGCGCCCGGCUGCAGAGGCAGCCGCUGCCGUCCGCGGCCGGAAUUCUGGCUCUCCAGCGUGAGUUGCGCAGACAGCAAGUGGCGCUGUUCACACUGCUGCGCGAACACGACGCGCUGCGCUUCCAGCGUGUGGCGGGCAGAAUGCCUUGGGAGGGAGGAGGAGGUGGAGGAGGUGGUGGUGGGGUACCGAGGAGGCCCAGGCCACGUGGGAUGAUACCCCCUCCCCCGCAGCCACUCCCACGUGGACGUGGACCCGGCGUCCACCCGCCACCCCCACGUGCUGGUGCUGUUGGUGCCGGGCUCAACCAUCCGCCUCCGCCGUGGUGGAUGGUCCCGCCUUCACCGCUCCCGUCACGCGACCCGUCUCUGUCGUCGUCCGAACGUUCGCAGUCCCCUCGUGACCAUGCUCGACGCAGCAGGCCGGGCACGCCUCGUCGUCGCAGGCAGCGCCAGUUACUCCAGCUUCAUGGCCAGGGCGCUCAAGGCCUUCGCCAGAUUAGUCCGGCGACGCGCGUUAGACUGGGAGCUGAGCUGCGCGCGCAGCACGAGCUUCUGAGACAGUUGGCCCCGUUUGGGGAUGCGCAGCCAGAACUUCAGGCUGAGAUUGCGAACUUGGAGGACAUUCUUGCUGGUGGAAGGAGGUUCGAGGGCGCAUUCGGACGCGGCGACAACGGCAACGGCAAUGAGAACGACGGUCUCGGAAUUGGCAAUGAGAACAACGAUGGCAAUGGAAACGGCAACCACACUAUCACCAACAACGCUCGCAACAACAACAACAACCCUCGCAAUGAGCAAGACGAAGAAGACUUCCGCUUCCCGCUUCCCGGUCAGCCGGUCGACGGCCCCGUCACUAUCAAUGACGAGCAAGGCCCACGCUACCUCGUACGCCUACUCACUCACGACACCGCAGCCGCCGCAGCCAUAGCGGCACGCGGCCGCGCGGCGCUGACCCGUUUCGAAGAGGGCGCGCGCUGGGCGUUGGUGGAGGUGGCGCUGGCAGCCGGAGCGCUGGAGCGCAUGUCCGCGGGCCCGAGAGGCGUCAUCUGGGCCGUUGCGGCUGGACGGGACGACGUUGUGGGCGCGCUGGGCGCGCUGGACGAGGCGUGGAGCGUGCUUGGGAUUGGAGAGGGCGGUGCCGAGGGCAUGGUGUUCAUGAUUAGGAAGGGCGGGGAGAGUGAUGAUGGCGAGAGCGAGGGAGAGUGAUGGUUGUUGGUGAUGAUGAUGGGAGGUGGUGGUGGGUGGGGGCUGUUUGGCUUGUUUGCAGCCUGCUCGGGGCCUGCCGGCGCGGGUGCGGUUGCGGUUGCGGUUGCGGU